GAAGAAGAAAAAAAAAGAGGACGCCGCCGCAGCGCCCAACCCAACCCAACUCCGGUACGCCGUCGUCUAGGGUGCCAUGGUCGCCGCUUUGGCUGGCCGGCGCCGCUGCCUCUAGCUCCACCGCUCCACGCCUCCAUCCUCGGCCUCAAGUGCACCGCAUCCUCCGCCUCGCCGGACCACCGCGAAUCUCCCUCCGCCUCGACUCGACGGACAGCUGCCGUGGUCUUCCGCCGCCGCCUCAACCUCUGUCUUCUUGCACCCAAGUCAAGUCCGACAUCAUCAUUCAUCCUCUCCCCGAAGAACAUGGGUGCAACCAAAGUUCAGGAAGCUAAGGUUCACAGGGCGCACGUACGUACCACACUCACCAAGGAUGGGUGUGUCCAGAGGCUGGAGCCUCUUGCACUUCGCUCGGCAGGGGCCGGUUGGCCAAUCCAAGGUGAAAUGGUAGCGAGGUUGAAGGCUGCUGGCCUUCUGCCACUGGCCCGAAUGAUGGAAGGAAUUCCCAGGGAUUUCCUUGACAGGGAUCUUCUCAGCGCGCUAGUUGAUCGUUGGAAUCCAAGGACUCAUACAUUUCAGUUUCCAUGGGGAGAAAUGGGAGUGAGCCUCAAGGACGUCAGCAUGCUUCUAGGGCUACCAAUCAAGGGAGACCCCAUCGCUAAGCCAGCUGAUCCGAAAAACUGGGCGCAAGAUAUGGGCACGAGGUUUUGCAAGCACGUCCCAGAAUAUGACUCGGUGCUGAAUGUUUCAAAUACACCCAGCAGUGAGGCUAAGAAACCCACGGAGGAGCUGCGCGGGUUCUCAAAGAAACCGGCAAAGAGAAGAAAAAUAUCAGCGAAGCAGACUGAGCACCCACAGCUCAAGGAGUCUGUGCAGUUGGCCACAAAGAAAUCCACCAAGCUCAAGGAGCCCGAGGAGGAGGAGGAUUCCGCAAAGCUGCGUGGGCCCACAUUGGCAUGGUUGCGUAGCACGUAUGGGAAGCUUGUCAGGCUGAAGGAACUUACCGAGGAGCAGAGCCAGUGCGCCGUAGAGAUAUACGUGCUCUGGCUCUUUGGCUGGGUAAUGUUCACCAGCACCCAUGGUGACUGCGUCGAGCCUCGACUCAUCGAGUAUGCGAUGGAUAUUGCCUACUCAAAGAUAGAGGACUUACAAGUGUCUUUGUCCACUGAGAAAGGCUGUUGCUGACGCUGAUGCUGAUAGGAAACUUUUCCUUGUGGCUUUGAAGGAGAACUUUUGUUGUUUAGAUUAUAAUUCUUUCUUUUGUGACCAUGCACAUAGUUGAGUGUACCACCAUGUGCGGCUUUUAGUCUCUCCUCUUCUUGAACACACAUUGCUAUUGUCUUUUCUACGUCCCAUGUUCCAGGUGACAUAUUAUAGUUCACUACAAAAGCUUCAAACUCUUGUGGCAAUGAAGCCAUGACAAGGUGGACCAGGAGCGCUGAUUUGAUCUUCAGAUCCGCAUCCAUUGG